CUUCUUAAAACAACAACAACAAGAAAGGAAAAGCAAGCAGGUGACUUUUACAUAAAAAUGUCUCAGCCGCCCGAAGAAGAAAGCGCUCGGCCACUUCGAGAUGUUGACCUAAGAGCCGCAGAAAGAGGUGUAUGGUUGGUCAAGGUCCCAAAGUACCUCUCUGAAAAGUGGAAGAGAGCCUCUGGAAAGGGAGAGGUGGGCAAGUUGAAGAUCAUCAGCACAAAGAUCCCUGGUGCCCAGCCCGAGGUGACAUUCUCCAUGAAUGAGGCCCAGGCUCAGGUACAGGUUCCCGGCAGAGGGACCGCCACGCCCAAGGAGCACAAGUUCAAGUUGACUGGUGUAGGGAACCAAAACUUGGUUGUAUUCUCAGAGAACAAAGGUGAGGGAACCACAGCAGCCGAGAUAACAGAGCGUAUUGCCAUAGAGGGGAAGGUAAUACAGAGGGCAGAGUGUCAGCCUGUGGUGGACAAGAGCUACAUGCAGCUCAAGAAACGUCAUGUGGAGGAUUCCAACAAACCCAAGCGUGAAAUCAAGCAGAUCACAGGUGUGGUCACAACCUACAAGCCAGUCAGCAACCAUGCCGCUAAUAUUGAGCAUGAAAAGAAGAUUAAAGAAGGGGGAAAGAGAAUACGAGAUGAGCGGGACGUGGUUACAAACAAACUGUUUGAGAUCUUUGAGAAGCAUCAGUACUAUAACAUACAGGACCUUGUGCGUCUGACAAACCAGCCUGUGACCUAUUUGAAGGAGAUUCUUCAAGACCUGUGCAUCUACAACAUGAAGGCCCCACACCGCAACAUGUACGAGCUGAAGCCAGAGUAUCGCCACUACAAGGAACAGAAAUGAGACUGGCUACCUAGCAACCGAAGCUGUUGUUAAGCAUCGUUGAGAUCUAUGCCUUGCAGAGCUCUGUUGGUGCUUGUUUUGGUGUUGGGGGCAACCAGAGUUAAUUUGAGCCUGGAACUGAAUUUUGAAGGCCUUUGCAAACAGUUUGGAUCCAGAUGAGACGCCAAAACGUGGCGUCUCAUCUGGAUCCAAACUGUUUGCUAUUCUGAUAGUAUUCUUUGAAAAAAAUCGAAGAAAAUGCUAAUUUUAGAAAUUCAGCAGACGACAUUUUAGCAGAUGACAAAUUACCUAGCAUGCAAAGGGUUAAUUUGAGCCUCAUUCUAGAUAAACUGGGGUUACUUCAUGUGGGUAAAGUGUCGUGCCUGAUAAGCCUGUUAAGUCCCAAGGUCACUUGACCCAUACAAAGGUCACUUGACCCAUACAAAUUUUAGCAGACAACAAAUUACCCAGCAUGCAAAGGGUUAAUUUGAGCCUCAUUCUAGAUAAACUGGGGUUACUUCAUGUGGGUAAAGUGUCGUGCCUGAUAAGCCUGUUAAGUCCCAAGGUCACUUGACCCAUACAAAUUAAGCCCAGUUUUUCCAGAACAAGGCUCAUGUGAAAAUGCAGGCAAUGUGAUUGAACAAUAUGCAUAUCGGACACCGUAAAAUAAUUCAUACUAAUGUUGUAAUCUUGUUAACAAGCUCCACAUAAAAAUCAAAGUUACUUUAUUAAAAAAAAACACAGAAAAUCAGCUGAAGAUGUCAGCCAUAUAGUGCUGUAUAUCCAUGCAAUCAUACCAAAAAACAUGGCAAUAGUAUUAAAUAAUUUAGAAAUAAUAGACGGGUAACCGUUGGUUAUUGCGGUAAUAACCAACGGUAUGGAUGUGUAGGAAUUAAACCACGAGGGCGUAGCCCGAGUGGUUUGAUAACAAGCAUCGGAACGACAUACUGUUGGUUAUUACCGCAAUAGCCAACGGUUACCCGUCGAUUAUUUCGAUUCUAACACGAUUUCAUUAAUACGUUAUCCGCGAUUUAAAGUUUAUAAAUAAGAAUUAUAUUAACCGAACGUCCUCCACUUUUCCACGAAAACUAAUGUCACUAGAACAAAUAAAAUCAAAUGACGUUGUCUUCAUUCAUAAACAUUGCGCGGACAAUCAAAAUGACGUCACUUUAAACAACCGUUGGUAUAUCGGUGUAAUAACCAACAGUAGUUUUUCUUCUUUGUAUAUAGAAAACAAGUCACAUGCCGUGGUAGAAUUUAGUUUUUAAAAUGGUGAAUUUAUAAUUAAGGAGUUUUAAAAUGAAUAGUUAUAAUAAUUACCUAGUAAAAAACAUAUAUCACCUCGGUAAGGGUUUCCGCCGUCUUGAUAAUGUUACUGCAUCACUUAUAACGGUGCUAUUGGCCAGAAUAGUCAUCUGGUUGUAUUGACUUAUUUGUUAACAAGACCUUUAUAGGCUUAUUUUGGUUAUCAAAAUAAAAACAUCUGUUGAAAAUCGUG